CGACAAACCCCCGGGGGUGCCGCUGAGUUCGUCGUCCCCGUCUCAUCAGAGCCAGGAAAAUUUUAUACGCUCCCUCAAAGUCCUCAACAAUUCAAACAGUUGCUCAUGAUCGGCGGAUUCGACCGUUAUUAUCAGAUUGCUCGCUGCUAUCGCGACGAGGGCAGCAAGCAGGAUCGACAACCGGAGUUCACCCAGGUAGAUUUGGAAAUGUCGUUCGUCGACGAGGAAGGCGUCAUGCAGCUGGUCGAGGAGCUGAUUAUCAAGUCGUGGCCUCCGGAAUGGGACUCCGAAAAACCCUUACUGCCUUUCCGCCGAUUGACCUACGCGGAUGCGAUGAAUCAAUAUGGCACGGAUAAACCUGAUACUCGUUUUGGAUGGCUUUUGCAUGAUGUCAGUCAAUGUUCAGAUACUCCACAUGUAUCCAUAGGAUGUUUCGUGAUUCCCGGCAUCGAUGGUCAAUCGUUGGUCAUCCCUUCCAGCAAGAUGGCCGAAUUUCGCCACCUGUUGACAACGUAUCACAGUAGUUUCGCUGCCGAAUUCACGGUUUUGCCGUGUACUUGUGAACAAAGCGAUUCCUCACUGAUCACGACAAUGGAAAUGAGGAAAAUAUUUGACUAUCUUCAGCUUUCCGGCAACAGUGGUAUGUUUGUGGUGUCAAAGGCAAAGGAUAUGAAACACGUGCAGCAAACGUUGGGUUAUAUCCGUCCUAAAAUCGCAGAUUUUCUCUUCGAAGAAGGCGUGAAAGUCAGGAAGCACAAAUUCAGUUUCGUGUGGAUUACAGAUUUUCCUUUGUUCAUGGCCGAAAACAACGUAUGGCAGAGUGUUCAUCAUCCAUUCACAGCCCCACUAGAAGCAGACGUGGAAAAGGUGUACACUGAUCCCGGGGCAGUUACCGGGAGGCAUUACGAUCUGGUCCUGAACGGGGUCGAACUUGGAGGAGGCUCGAUCAGGAUCCACGAUUCCCGGCUUCAGCGUUACAUUUUACAUGACGUUCUCCACGAGGACUUUUCAACAAUGAGUCAUCUUCUAGAGGCUCUGGAAUACGGGGCUCCUCCUCAUGGAGGAUUUGCCAUCGGCCUGGAUCGCUACAUCCUCUGUCUCACGAAUUCCGCGUCGAUUAGGGACGUGAUCGCCUUUCCAAAGAGCAACACCGGUCGCGAUCCAAUGUCAGACGCACCGGCUGUUUUGUCUGCCCACACACUUGAUAGAUUUAACAUAAGAGUCAAAGAUAACAAAGAUCAUUAG